AUGGCGGAAAACGGUGUUCCGAAUGCUGUUCCGGUUGUGCCACCGGGAAUCGUUCCAGCUGCUGCGCCGCCGGGAAUAAUCCCAGCAGCCGUGCCGCCAUCUUUUUCCAUCGACCCGUUCGACCGACACAAGAUGAAGUGGUCGAGAUGGGUAGAGCGGCUGGAGGGUGCGUUUGUAUUGUUCGGCGUGCGGAACGACGUUAAGUUGUAUAUGUUACUCCACUACAUGGGGGGAGAAACAUACGAUAUCUUGAGUGACAAACUCGCACCGGAGAGACCACAACAGAAGACGUACGACCAGAUUGUUGCUGUACUGGAAGCCCAUUUUAAUCCCGAGCCGCUGGAGAUUCUAGAGAAUUUUCGUUUUAAGUGCCGAAAGCAAGCAGAUGAGCGCCCGGAAGAAACGAUCGACGAGUACUUGAUUGCACUUCGCAAGCUCGCGAUCACCUGCAACUUCGGCGCUUAUCUCAAUACAGCUCUACGUAAUCAGUUCGUGUUCGGGUUGAAGGACAGGGCAAUACAAUCUCGGCUGCUAGAAGUGCGGAACCUAACUCUGGAUCGUGCAAGAGAAAUCGCGGUUUCGAUGGAGCUCUCAAACAAAGGCGGAAGGGAAAUCCAGUCGAAGCAAGGAAAAUCGGAAGUGAAUUUGGUAGAAGGUUCCCGGGGAAGUGCUGGCAGAGUCCAGAUUGCGCGUACCAAUACGAAGAAGAAGAAGUGCAACAAUUCCGAGCAGCCGAAGAAGAAAGGUGAAUGUUUUCGUUGCGGCAGUGAUGCGCACUAUGCCGACAAGUGCAUUCACAUUCGCACGCAGUGCAACUACUGUAAACUCGCUGGGCAUUUGGAAAAAGUGUGCAUUAAGAAGAAGAAAAGUGUUCAAUCAAAAGUGAAGAAAUCAGAAGCGAACCUACUGGAGCAACCCGAAAUUGACAAGUGUGACUCGGAGGUGGUAUCGUUGGACGAAGUGUGCGUAUUGGAAGAUGCGGCCAAGCCGCCGUCCACCAAGUUCUGGCUGGAUGUUCAGGUGAAUGGUGCCAUGAUCCGGUUCGAGGUCGACACGGGUGCUCCUGUGACGAUAAUCAGUGCUGAGUACAAGAAGAAACAUUUUGCUUCUGACAAUCUGCUGCCGUCGGAUUUGCAGUUAGUGAGUUUUUGCGACACAAAGAUCCAAAUUGAUGGAAUGCUAAAAGUGAAUGUGGUCUAUGGUGGAAAAUCGUUGCUGCUUCCGCUAUACGUGUCGAACGUGAAGAAACACCCGUUACUGGGGCGUCAGUGGAUGCAGGCGAUGCGAGUUGAUUUGAACAAGAUCGCCUAUGCUGACGUCAACAAACUCGAUGCUGCUGCUGCUUCGUUGAACACAACGCCCUCUUCAGUGAAAUCGUUGGUGGAGAAGUAUGCUGUUCUCUUCGACGAAUCUGUUGGCCACAUCAAGGGACUAUCUGCCAAAUUAUGCCUCAAGCCAAAUACAAAUCCUGUCUACAUGAAAGCCAGACCUGUUCCAUUUUCAAUGCGAGCAGCAGUCGAAACCGAGCUCGACAAGUUGGUUAACGAUGGAGUGCUGGUCAAGGUCAACCACAGUGCAUGGGCGACGCCCGUUGUUCCAGUUCUAAAAGCCAAUAAUAAGGUGCGACUGUGCGGCGACUAUAAGGUGACGGUCAACCCGAACCUGGUGGUCGACGAUCAUCCAUUACCGACGAUCGAGGAACUUUUCGCCAACGUUGCAGGAGGAGAGAAGUUUAGCAAGAUCGACUUGACUCAAGCCUACUUACAACUGGAGGUUGAGGAGGGUGAUCAGGAAGUGCUUACCCUGAAUACGCACAAGGGUCUCUACAGGCCUACACGUUUGAUGUACGGCAUUGCGUCGGCACCUGCUAUCUGGCAGAGAUUGAUGGAGCAAAUUCUGAACGGGAUAUCCGGCGUAACCGUUUUCUUGGACGACAUUCGGAUUACUGGCCCGAAUGAUCGCGUUCACAUGCAAAGGCUCGAGGAGGUACUAAAGCGUCUCAGUUCGUACAACAUGCGCAUAAAUCUGGAGAAGUGCCAAUUCUUCGCAAACGAGAUUGAGUACUGUGGGUACUUGAUCAACAAGUCGGGCAUUCACAAGGUCAAGAAGAAGAUUACUGCUAUCCAGAACAUGCCCGUGCCGGAAAACAAGGACCAAGUUCGCUCGUUCGUGGGUCUUGUGAACUACUACGGUAGGUUCUUCCCGAACCUCAGUUCUACCUUGUACCCUCUCAAUAAUCUGCUGAAAUCUGAUGUGCGAUUCGUGUGGUCGAAACAAUGCGAAGAGGCGUUCUUGAAGGUCAAGCUUGAGAUGCAGUCGAAUACGUUCUUGGUGCACUACGAUCCCACAUUACCCUUGGUACUUGCUACUGAUGCUUCGCCGUACGGAGUCGGUGCGGUCCUCAGUCAUGUCUAUCCCGACGGAUCAGAGCGACCAAUCCAAUACGCAUCUCAAACCCUCAAUGCUACGCAACAGGCCUAUAAGCAAGUGGAUCGGGAAGCAUAUGCCAUUAUAUUUGGAGUUCGUCGCUUCUACCAGUACCUCUACGGGAGGAGGUUUACGCUACUGACAGACAACAAGCCGCUAAAACAGAUCUUCUCCGAUACGAAAGGCCUACCUAAGAUGUGCGCAUUAAGAAUGCAGCAUUAUGCUACAUUUCUGGCAUCGUUCAACUACGACAUACAGUUCCGACCAACGAGUCAACAUUGCAACGCGGACGCAUUCUCGCGUUUGCCGCUGAGGGAAACGAGGCCAGACAAUGUAAUUGAGGAGGUGGACUACCUGGAGGUCAACAUUAUCGAAACAUUGCCGCUGACCGUGGACGAGCUCGCUAAGGCAACUUCGGCGGAUCAGAGCGUGAAAGUGCUGAUGCAAGGACUACGAAACGGUAAGGAUGUUGAUGCGAGGGAACGUUUCGGUGUUGACCAAGGAGAAUUUGCGCUGCAAAAGGGGUGUGUCAUGCGUGGUAUACGCGUGUACGUACCUCCAAGUUUGCGUUCCAAAGUGCUAGCCGAAUUGCACUCGACUCAUUUCGGCACCAGCCGGUUGAAAGCGCUAGCUCGAGGGUAUAUUUGGUGGGAGAAGCUAGACAAGGACAUCGAGGACAUGGUACGCAACUGCAGCUAUUGCCAAUCAACCAGGGCUGAACUCGCCAAAGUACCGACGCACUGUUGGGAGCCACCUACAAGACCGUUCGAAAGGGUGCACGUGGAUUUUGCUGGGCCAUUCAAGAACACGUUCUUCAUAGUGCUGGUGGACGCCUACACGAAGUGGCCAGAGGUUCGAAUUUUGAACAACAUAACGACCGCUACCACAAUUCGAGUUUGCAGAGAGUACUUUUCAACGUACGGAAUUCCAUCCGUUCUGGUGACUGACCACGGAGUGCAGUUCACCUCCGAGGAGUUCCAAAGGUUCCUGAAAAUGAAUGGCGUUUACCACAAGAUGGGGGCGCCGUAUCAUCCUGCGACGAACGGACUGGCAGAGCGAUUUGUUCAGACGUUCAAGGCGAAGUUGAAAAGUCUUCAGUGCGACACAAGUACCAUGCACGCAGAACUAUGCAACAUUCUGCUUGCGUAUCGGAAGACCAUCCAUCCUGCAACGGGGAAAUCGCCGUCGAUGAUGUUGUACAACAGACAGAUACGUUCACGUCUUGAUCUGUUGGUGCCGGACUCAGCUACUGCGAGCAAGAAAGUAGAUGGCAAAGUGCGCGACCUUCCUGAGGGGACGAGAGUCGCGGCGCGUGACUACCUCGAUAAAGAAAAGUGGAAGUAUGGUGUGGUGUCCGAGAAAUUCGGAAAACUACACUAUCAUAUUGAACUCGACGAUGGCAGGACUUGGAAGCGACACAUCGAUCAGCUCAGGGAAGUUGGUCCAACUCUAACAAGCAGACAGAACCCGACUUCGCCAGUGUUGGUCGAUAACUCUCCAACUGAAGCUAUGCAACCGUAUGCUCCGGAACAAGCAGAACCAGCCGGUGCACAACCUGAUGCACCAACGAUUGAAGUUCAACAACCAACUACAGGAGGUGCAACGAAGAAACCUACAGCUGGUGCUUCUGACCUAAGGACGCCAACGAUCUCCAGAGAGCGGCCCAACCAGAAGGACUACCGAGAAUCACCGAGGAGAUCAGGUAGAGUCGUUCGGCCUCCAGAAAGACUCGAUCUUUAA